GAAGGUGGUCUGCAUCGGACUUGUUUUUGGGGGGCAGGGUUUUGUUGUGUUGUGUUUUGCGUUUUCAGGCAGAGACUGUGGUAUAUCAUUCCCAAGCUGCUUACAUUCCCAGCCGAACCUCCUCUGCCAAGGCCAGGGCUCUGUGGGGAGGAAACACUCACCUGGGCCCCAGCCAGGGCUCACCCCGAGGGGCUCCCGGGCCUGGCGAGACCAGAGACUCAUUUCCUGCCAGGGAGCCCUGAGGUUAACUUCCUCCUUCCGGGUGAGGCGUUUAAGAGGGCAGGGAGAGUUUAUGGCAGGCCUCUCAGAAGGAGGGCAGCGCCUGGGCAGGGCCAGGUGGAGCUGGCCACGGAAGGUGAUCCAUGAGCCGCUUCAUCUUCCCUCCGGGCCUGCUGCAUCCACAGGGCCCGCCAGGAGGCCCCAGCCCCUCCGAGACCGGAAGCCAGACCCUCUGACAGGGUGGUGGUCGCUGGCUCAGGGACUUGAGACCCCAGCUGGACCCUCCUGCCUUCUUUCUCCACUGAAGCAGGGAAGUGGGAGCUCGAGCCCUCAGACCCCUUCUCACUGCGUGGAGGAGCCAAGCUCCGGCUUCCCAUUCGAGUUUCUUCUCUCCACACGCCGCCGCUGAGCCCGAGCCACUCCUCACCGGGACAGGAUGAGACCUUCAGGACUGUUUCGCCUCCUGGCCUUCAUCUUUGUCCUGAUCACCUCAUUGGUCUUCAUCCGCAGCUACAUCAGCCUCAGCACGAAAACCAUCCGUCUGCCCCGCUGGCUGGCAGAUCCACCCUCCAAGAAGACCCGGGUCGUGAAGGUCAAGUGUGACCUCAGCAAGCCCUGCCCAGACAACUUCUUUGCCUUUAAAAUCCUCAGCGGGGCCGCCAACGUCGUGGGCCCCUCCAUAUGCUUUGAAGACCACAUGAUCAUGAGUCCUGUGAAAGACAACGUGGGCAGAGGCCUGAACAUCGCCCUGGUGAACGGAACCACGGGGAAGGUGCUGAGUCAGGCCAGCUUCGACAUGUACUCCGGAGACCCUGCGCUCCUGGUGAAAUUCCUUAAAGCAGUUCCAGAGGACGUGCUGGUGCUAGUGGCCUCCUACGAUGACCCGGGGACCAAGAUGAAUGAUGAACUCCGGACGCUCUUCUCCAACUUGGGCAGCUCCUACGCGAAGCAGCUGGGCUUCCGGGACAGCUGGGUCUUCCUGGGGGCCAGAGACAUCAGUAACAAAAGCCCCUUUGAGCAGUACUUAAAGAACACCCCCGACACGAACAAAUACGAGGGCUGGCCGGAGCUGCUGGAGCUGGAGGGCUGUGUGCCCCGGAAGGUGUUUUAGGGCUGCGGCUCCUCCUGGCAGCCGCCAGCGGGACUGGAUGGAGCUGAAGGACAGCGGGCAGCGGGCAGCGGACAGCGGGCAGCGGACAGCGCAGGGUGAGGCCGGCCCAGCAGCAUGAAGGUGCUGAGGAUCGCCGCCCUCUCUGCAGCUUCCCCUCCCGGCGAACGCAAGCUCCGAUGGGCGGUGGACGAUGGGCGGAGGCAGCUCCCGCCUGGAGGUGGCCAGCCUCGGAGGGUCCCUCCGGAGCCGCUGUCGGUGGAGAGAACGGGUGCUGUCCCUCUGGAACUCUGACCGUUGCCCGAGAGAGGGCGGACUGCCCGCCGGGCAGAAUUAAAUUCUGUUUUUGCUCACGUUGAA